UCCAUAGAUACCAAUAGAUUUUCUAGAUUGAACGUAAUUGAGUAGGCUAUGAAAUUACAAAACUGGUUCAUUUUUUUACAACUCAGGGUAAAGGGGGAGUUUUCCCAUUUAAGAGUGGUUCCGCUUUACCUCCGUGUUUUCAACGAGCUUUUAUUUCCUUAAUAUCUGAUCGCCCAUCAGUGUAAUGAUCUGGCUUUUUGCUCGUGUCGUUUCCACUUCAGCAUGGGAACUGCAGUGUCCAAAAGGAAGACUUUAAAGAACGAUGCAAUAUCUUCUGUGACCGCAAAAGUUAGAGCAGCCAGAGCUUUUGGAGAUUAUCUGUCUCACACACACCCUGAGAACCGUGCCGGCUCAGAUCACCUGCUGUCUGAUACCUUUAUCGGCCAAGACACAGACUCCCCUGACCUCAGUCAUCUCCACAACAACCUGCACCCUCAGAAUCAGCCCCAGGCCCACAGUCUCCAGUCACAGCCCAGCACCCUGCAUCCCCAGUCCAGCUGUCUCCAUCCCCAGCCCAGCACCCUGCAGCCAGAUAGUUUGCAGUCCACAGGACCGUCCAAGUGCAGGCUCUCAGCAGGGCGCAGCUUCUCCUUUGAGCAGCAGCCUCCUCCCAGGUCCACUGAGGGAAGUCUGACGGGCCUGAAGCCAGCUGCCCAGCGGGUCUACACCAUCACCAGGGAGGGAGGCAUGCUAGGAGGCCGAGGCAGCGAGGAGAGCCUGGAGCUGGAGGUGCUGAAGCAGCCCCUGUCCCCUCCUCCCACCUCCAACCAGCCCUCGUACUCCAAUCCACAACCACCAGGCAGCAAAUACCAACACGGCGGUGGUGGUGGUGGCAACCAUCACCGUGGCAACCAUAACCAUGGCCCACAGAACCACAGGUCCCAGUCCCAGCCCCUGCAGAGCUCGGGGAGCGCCCAUAACAUCCGGGACUGGGGGGUGCGGAGGGGGGGCUCGCGGGAGGACUGCACCCCUGAGUCUGUGACCUGCAUCAGGGCCCCAUGUCAGAGCCAGCGCUCCCUGGAUCUGGAGACGUCCCCGCAAGAUGGAGGCAAACAAAGGAAGAAGCUGGAGAGGAUGUACAGCGAAGACCGAGACAGAGACAGACAAGGCACUGCUGAGGAGAGAGAGGACAACCCUAAUAGCUGGUUCCCCAAAGAGAAUAUGUUCAGCUUCCAGACGGCAACCACAACAAUGCAGGCUAUAUCGGCAUUCCGGUGCAUUGCUGAGAGAAAAAGGAGGAAACGAGAACAGGAGGCAACCUCUACUAUAACAGAGACUGAGAGGAACUUCCGGAAGCACCUGAGAAUGGUGGGCAGCCGCAGAAUGAAGGCUCAGAGUGAGUUCCCCACAUAUGCCGACCGCCGAGCCAAGAGUUUCAACCGCUCCUGGAGUGACCCCACCCCUAUGAAGCCAGACUCUCUCCAUGGCUCCAGAGACAAUGGGGACCUGCAGUCCUCGUCAGGGGCUCUAGAUGAAGGGUCACAGGAGGAUGCGGACUGGGAGGAGGAGAGAGAGCUGGAGAGAGCAGCCUGCGAGGGAGAGGACUUCACCCCCCCCAAAAUCAUACUGAUAUCCUCUAAGGUCCCGAAGGCUGAAUAUGUCCCUAACAUCAUCCGUCGGGACGACCCCUCGGUCAUCCCCAUCCUUUAUGAUCAUGAACAUGCCACAUUCGAUGACAUCAUUGAGGAGAUAGAGAAGAAGCUGACAGCCUACAGGAAAGGCUGUAAGAUCUGGAACAUGCUCAUCUUCUGUCAGGGAGGUCCGGGGCAUCUGUACCUGCUCAAGAACAAAGUGGCCACGUUUGCCAAGGUGGAGAAGGAGGAGGACAUGAUCCAGUUCUGGAAGAAGUUGAGUCGGUUCAUGAGCAAACUAAACCCUGAGGCCAACCUCAUUCACAUAAUGGGCUGCUAUGUUCUGGGGAGCGCCAAUGGAGAAAAACUUAUCCAGAACCUGAAGCAGCUAAUGAGACCUCAUGCCAUCGAAUUCAAGUCCCCACUAGAGCUGUCUGCGCAGGGCAAGGAGAUGAUCGAGAUGUACUUUGACUUCCGUCUCUUCCGCCUGUGGAAAACCCGCCAGCACUCCAAGCUGCUUGACUAUGACAACCUUUUGUGACAUUGCUCACCUUUCACCUUUGUCAGCCUACUGGCUGUGUAUCUCAUCACCGAUAGCCUACAGUGACGGCUUUCCUUGAGAGGUCCUGGACGGGAGCGCUCUGUAGAAGAGGUGCAACAGGAAGACGGGGUUCAGGUGGUUUUACUCACCGAGGAGGCUUCAAUCCUAAGCUCUCGGAUGAAUUGAAGGCACUAAGUGAAUUCCAGUAGCAGCUACUGUCAAGAGGUGAACUGUAUAUUCCCCCCCCCCCAUCCAUUUUCACCGUCUCAACCAAUGCCUCUACUGAGAGAGAUCCAGAGAGUGAAGGUAGAAGAGAGGAGUGGAUAGAUCAUCCUUUAGUCUCAAGAGACACAUAGAGUUAGAUUUUAUGCUCAGGAGCCCAGAAAGUCUUCUUGGAAAGAGAGAGAGAGAGAGAGAG